AUGGCAGUGCGUGGGGGGGCGAGGCGGUGCGUGGGGGCCCGAGGCGGUGCGUGGCAGUGCGAGGCAGUGAGAGGCGGUGCGGUACUUGGCAGUGUGAGGUGGUGCGUGGUGGUGCGAGGAGGUGCGUGGUGUUCGCCUGCAGAGAAGCAGGUUGCAGAAAGGGGAAAAGGACAAGGGGGGUUGAGAAGGAGUAAGGGAGGAGAUUGCAGGUACAUGAAGCAGGCAGGUAGCAGAAUAACAACAGAAGAGAAAGCUAGGCCAGAGGCGAAGCUGUGCGGUGCCGUGGCGUGCAGUGCGGUUCCGGCGGUGCGCUGCGGUGCCUUGCGGUGCGCUGUGGUGCGCUGCUAUGCCGUGCGGUGCCGUGCGGUGUGCUGCCGAUCCGUGCGGUGGGCUGCCGUGCUGUGCGGUGCGCUGCAGUGCCGUGCGGUGCGGUGUCGUGCUGUUCGCUGCGGUGCCGUGCCGUUCGCCGCGGUGCCGUGCACUGCGCUGUGGUGCCGUGCGGUUCCGUGCGGUGUCCUGCGGUGCGCUGCGGUGCCGUGCGGUGCGCUGCGGUGCCGUGUUGUGCGCUGCAGUGCGUGCGGUGUGCUGCAGUGCAUUGCGGUGCCGUGCGGUGUGCUGCGGUGCCAUGUGGUGCGCUGCGGUGCGCUGCAAUGCCGUGCGGAGACCUGCGGUGCAGUGCGGUGCGCUGCGGUGCGAUGCAGUGCAGUGCGGUGCAAUGUGGUGCAGUGGGACUGA